AUAUUUAUGUUGUUUUUUCAGCUUCAAAACAUAUCUGUGACAGAGACGAAUACCGUACUGAAAGAGGUUAUACGUGUCUGAAUUGCACUAUUCCAUGCGGUAAAGAUUUGAUGAGUCCCUCGGAAACGUGUGGCGAGAGAUGUCCAUUUUUACCACCAAAGAAAGAAAAAGAUAUCAAGCCAACUGAAGAGUCUUCAAAAGUUGUAGCGGCGACGAUGGACAGCAAAUACACGUUUGGAUUGAUGGCUGCAAUUGCCAUAUUCAUUGUCAUUGCGAUCAGUGCAAUUGGACUGUAUUGUUAUUGCAAGUAUCGGCACAAAAAUGCUUUGACUCCAAGCAAUUCACAGGAAACUAUGCCGAAGGUUCCAGUGAAUGAUGUGAUCGUGUCCUUGGGUGUUCAGGAAAGUGAAGAGAACCUCAGGGAAGAGGCAAAAGAGGACAUACCAUCCCCACCGGAGUCAGGAGCAGAUGCGGAGGAGCAUACACCAUUCCUACCGGGGACCGGGACAAAGCCGAAUGAGCAUAUACCAUACCUUCCGGAGCCCGAGGCAGCGGUGGAGACGGACGAGCACAUACCUUUUGUUCCGGGGACAGGGAAUGUUGCGGAUGAGCACAUCCCGUCUUUUCAUACUGAAAACGUCAAUGACAAUAUGGAACCAAGUGUAACUUCCGGGGAACACAAUGAUUUCGGUGAAGGAUUUUCAAUAAGUUUCUCUAAAGUACGGGAGCUAGAAGCAAAAACAAAGAUAAGAUUAUGUCUACCACUACGAGCUCAGAAUCAGAUGUUGAAGUGGCUUUGCAAGACAAUAAAGACAUUAUAAUUGGAUUGAUUGCAGCCAGUAUUGUCGUUCUGUCGGUUGUCCUUGUGUUCGUAAUUGUUUACUGGUGGUACAAAUACCGACAGAAACAUGCUCCGAUACGCAGCACUUAUGAGUCAGUCAAUGAACUUCAUACAGCUAUGCCCGACAUUGAAAUAGAAGAGACCAAUAUUGAUGAGACAGAUGACGUGGAAGAUGAACACAAGCCAUUCAAUCCUGAGGAAGACGUACACAUUGAAGAGGGUUUAGCUGUUAUCUCCGAUAAAGUUUCGAAAGGUGGUGAAGUUUUCAGUAACUUUUAAGACAGCCCAGGAGAUUGACUGAUAAAGUAUAACGGAAGUGCCUCAGAACUGAAGCGGAAACCAGUUUGAUGCGCAAAGUAGUCCACUGUAAGUAAUAUUAUUUGACAAAUGUCCACAGAAAUUAAUAAUUUUCUAAUAUUAAAGACGAAUAUCUGAAUAGGAUUCAUUAUUUGAUAAGAAAUUAUAAUCAUCGACAUGUUUUUUUAAAAAUCGUACACGUGCUGACACCUAAGUUGUCUCCCGUUGUUUAUUAGAGUUACCUUUCGUCCGGCGCAGUAAUACAUUUGCAGUGAAUCGCCGAGAAGUCGUGGGAAAAUUAAAAACCAUGUAAACAAACUAAAAUUAACCACCUUUUCAAGAUGAAUUUCAAGUGAUCGACAUUAUGCAUUUAACCCGCCUGACCUGUGUAGCAUCUUAGAUAUCUGUUCUAAGGUAUUCAUUGUGUAGAAUGUCAUGUUAUGCCCUUACAAUGCUAAUCCCACUCUGAUUUUUUUGUUUACAUUUUUUAUCAAUGAGAAAUAUGGCGUCCAUCCCGAGAUGAACAGACGUGGCGUUAAAUUUUUACAUGUUUAAGCAAACCUGGUGUGUUAGAAAGAAAAUCUCAUCCCUUCAACAUUAUUUGGAACACUGUUAUUGUAAAAAACCUGUAUUUUCCUUAUAAAAAAGCUUAAUAUUUUGUGUUGAAUGUACUUUCACAAAGACCUCUGUUUUCCUAUUACAUUCAUAGUACCACAUCCUUAUCCACAAAAUACUGAAUAUUACAGGUGUCCAUCAGUAUUAUAUCAGUUUAGGAAUAUGUUUUUUAUUUUCCCACCAUCGAUUUCUUGAAUAUGCACCCCUUCCGCAUUGCUGUAUGAACUGUGAAUGUAGCAAUAUGCGUCCCCUUAAUCCACUGAAUUUGGUUAUCUCCCUUUAUGGCUUUUAACUGUAUAUGUUCAUGUGCAGUAAUGUGAGUAAGGUUUUCUAUCCAUCAAUCUCACACCCUGGUACCGACGCUCCCAAGUACAGGUGGCACUCGCACAUACAGCGCUUGAUAAGCGAUUUUGGAGGAGCCGGUACCAGGGUGUGAAUCUGACUAAAGUACAUCUCCUAUUACGCUACGCUUAGGAUCUGACAACGAGCUAUUGAUGGCCUCGUUCUGACGACCCUUCCGCUAGCCAAUCAAAAGCUAACUUACAACAUUCUGCAAGCUUUAAAAAGCCUUGGUAUUUGAUACCUACAAUUUUUAUGUCGAAAGUAAUUAGAUAGCCGGUUAGCUCAGUCGGUAGGGCACUUUCUCUGUAAGCGAGAGGUCCCGGGUUCGAGCCCUGGAUUGACUUCAAAUUUUUCUUUUUUCUUACUCUUUGACAUUCGAACAAGUUGUCUGAUUGGUUCAAAUAAAGAUAGAUUUGCGAAAAUGAAAAUAGCAAUAUUGGAAAUCCAAAAUAUACACAAGACGAAUGUGAAUGGGUCGUUCUCAGAUCUUCGUUUAGAAGAUCAAGUACUUUAGUCAGAUUGUCUAUCCAUGUAAUUAUAAAUAACAUCUAUUGGACAGCUGUUUGAUCUGUUUUUAACUUAAAGCUUAUCAUGCUGGACAUGAUCGAUUCUGCCUUUGCGGCCAGUGCAAGAUCUUAAUCAGCCAGCACAACCGUGCAGUCUGAUCAAGAUCUGCACUGUUCGUCAUUCAGUCAGUAUAUUUUUGGUAAACACCCCUUUAACAGUUAAUGGUACUGUCCAAAUUGAAAGAUGGAAAAGUUCAUUAUAGAAAUUUAGCAGGGUAAGGGUUAAAAUUUAAAGCCUUAUGGAACAUUAAUCUUUAUUCAGUGAUCAAUACAUUUUGCAAUAUAAUCAUCAUUUUCUGUAAGACAUCAAGAUUUAUGUUCCUGUAUAUGUUGUAUUUUACAAAAUAGUUUAACUGUUGAAAUUGAAUCAUUUGCACAUGUGAUAUAAAUAUGUUGUUUUAUUCCAAUGUUAAACAAAAUUCAUAUUUCUGCAUUUUAUUUCAUGGUUGUGUAUGUGUUACAUUUACAAUUGCGUGUAUUGGUACCAUGCCAGUGUGCCUAUGUUGUGAAUAUGUUUAACUCUUCAUUUUUUGUAGAAAAUUCAUACGCAAUUGUUCGUUGCAAAAUGAAAACAAAGUUAUAUGUGUAUUACAUAUUCACUGUUGUUUACAUACUACCUUUUUUCUGUAAGGAAAACAUAAACAGUCAUGUUAAGUUACAAUAUAUUAUUGUAAUAUAAUGUAUUAUAUAAUAGUAUGCAAUAUUUGCAUUUAUGCAAUGUUUGCAAGUAUUGUCAGCAUAUAUCAGACUGGCAUACUUAAUAUUUAGUUAUUCUACUUAGAUUAUGUUAUUUGCAAUAAAAAUGUGUUUAUUAAGUUUGUUACUGAAGAUGACUAUUCUAACACGACCCGAUUUAUUUCACUAUUAACAAAGAAGAAUGAAACGGUGUGUUAUUAUGCAACACAUGCACCGUUUGUACGUCACAAUCAUUACUAUUUUUCAAACGUCAUAGCGGCGCUGAAAAGAGAACCACACAAAACAGGCAAAUAUUUAGUGAAUAUAUCUCAGGUUGUAGAUAAUAAUCGUUGUUAAUGAGUUAGAAUUGAAAUAAUAUUUCUCAAUCAGCGAUUUUCUCUUGAACAACAUCAUUGUAUGUCGUUCAGAUGUAUGUUAUCAUAUUACUUUGGCUGUGCCCUUUCGCAUAUGAACACCGAACAAUGACUAUAUUCAACGACAAAUAAUAACUGUUUAGGAUACAUCAUUUCUUAAGUUAAUAUUUCUGCAAAUAAUACCAGCUACUUACCAUGCUGUUUGAAUUAGCAAUAAAGGGGCUAUAUAUCCUGACAGUAUCACACCAUUUACAAAAAAAAAAAAUCUGCAUGUCUUCUUUUCAUGCAUUUACUUAUUCUAGAGGGACUGGCCUCCACAUCGUACGACAACAAAGGAAAGGGAAAAUUGCAAGAAAUCAGGAAAUUGUUACUAUAGUUAUUGACAGAUUAGAUAUAUAGUACAUAUAUAGUGUUUUUAUUCGAUUUUUUGUCCGUCCGGAGUCAUACCGCAAAAUCAGUUUGUAGGAUUUCAAUAAAACAUGAAAUGUUAACUGGUAUUAAGUCAUGUGUCCCUGCAAGUUCUAGUUUGAUUGCAUGAGGAAAACAAUAUUUAUGGCCCUUUGUACAUGUGUUAUGGCCCUUAGUAUUUAUAUAAUGCUUACUAUACAGGCCAUUUAUUGUUUGCAAAUAUAUUAUAAUAAUUAUAUCCAUUUUUGCUAUGUGAUACUGUGACCAAGCUUAAUACAUAUAUAGCUUUCUUAUAGCUGUUACUAAAAAUGAGAAAAAUUGUUUCUGCUCAAUAACUUCACCGAGGAAAGGGUAUUGCAUCCAUGCUUAGAAUGUAGGAAGCUUGCAUGGAGUCUAUGCUUUUAUAUGUUUUUGGGUUGCCAAGGGCAAGGUCACAGAACAUUGUUUCUACAAAUAGAAAAGUGAUUUUUCUCACGAUGAUUUUAGUUAGGAAUGAAAUAAGCAGACAAAAACUGGUAAAUAGGUAGCUUCCAUUGAGACCAACUUUUUUUCAUUUUAGGUAACUUGGGUCAAGGUCAUUGAUUGUUACUAAAUAUAGAAGAAUGGUUUUCGGGCAUAAUAAAUAUAGAAUAAGUAGCUUUGAAAAAGACUGAAAUUCACGUGCAUUUAAGUGCUUUUUGCAGGCAAAGAAUGCUUCUUCAAGGGUAAAACCUUAAUUCCGUCAAGCUGUGAUAUUUUUCCAUUUUCCCUGUUUUAUAACUAUUAUUUACACAGAUAUACCGUGAUUUAAUUUCAUUAAAGUGAAUAGAUAAAUUUAGAAUUACGUUUGUUAGUUUUUUAUAGUUUACAGACAAGGUUGUUAUAGUAAGUAAUUGUGUAAAGCAUAAAAAUACAUUGUUUUUAUUAGAACCAAUUUUUUAAAAAAGCUUUUUGGUUGUGUAGUUAUGUAAUAGAUCUAUUCAUUACUGUUAAAAUUCGUAUAUUUAUAACAAUGUUUCUUCGUAGCUUUAGGUUUACAAUAACACACAAUAGAUAUCAAAUAAUUUUAUAAAUAACUCAAAGAGUACUGAUAUAUGAUUUGUUUUAAAUGUUCAAAAUCUUUAAAGCAUUUUUAAUUUAUCGUUACAUAUAUUUUUCAUUGUACUUUUAACCAUACUUGGCCACUGACGGGAUCUUUUUUAUUUCCUUUGGUAGUUUGAUUGAAUAGAUACUUUCGUAGUUAGCAUCAAUGCAAAAUAUUUAGUUAAAAUGUUUGAAUGUUAAUUAUUAUUUCCUUCCCGUGUACCUUUUCUGUGAGACGUUGAAGCAGAAUAUUUGAAUAAUCUAAUUCACUUUCGACCCUACAAUUAAAAUUUUGAUAUCAUCCUAUUUUCGCCAAUCAGUCUUUGAAAGAGAUGCUUUGUAUUUAAAAUUCAAGGCAUACACGCUAUGCUGAAUGAACAAAAAAUGUGACAAAUGUUAUAUAGCAUUUUGCUUGCAGGCUAUUCUGUUUCAUUGCUUUUUAUUAUUAUUGUUGUUUCUUUGCUUCGCUAUUUCCUAUUUAAACUCUAUUUUGUGACUAGAAACGUGAUGUCAUCAUUUCUUAGUUUUGUGAUCUCCUGUAUACAUGUAACAAUGUUUGUGUGAGUGAAUUGAUCAGUACUGGUUGUUGAAUAAAAACAUUGAGUUGGAAA